GAGAGAGAGGGAGGAGCUAUAGAUAGACAGAACACACACAAACAAAACCCUUGUUCCAAUAAAAUAAAGUGUCACAUCUCUCUUCUCUAAAAUUUUUUAAUAGACGACGACGACGACGGCCUCUUCUUCUCUUCUUUGUCCGAAUCGUACGUCAAAUUCUCCAAUCUCUCUCUCUUACCAUAUCAUUAAUUGCGCAGAUCAUCACCAGCGACCGAACGAGAGAGAGAUAGACGAACACAUCUUCGCUUUUCGUCAACAUGCAGCUCUGGGGGGGGGAAGGAAACGUGCGAGUGAUUGAUUGAGCCCCAAUAGAUAGAAAGAGAUGGUGAGUAAGGUGAAGACGGAGACGAUGAGGGCAUGCCUGAGCUGCCCUCUCUGCGACAAUAUCCUCCGUGACGCCACCACUAUUUCUGAGUGCCUUCACACAUUUUGUAGGAAAUGCAUCUAUGAGAAAAUCACAGAGGAUGAGAUAGAGAGUUGUCCUAUAUGCAAUAUUGACCUCGGUGGCACCCCGUUGGAGAAGCUGAGGCCUGACCACAAUUUGCAAGACUUGAGAGCCAAAAUAUUUCCUCUGAAACGGAAAAAGGUGAAAGCUCCUGUAAUGGUGUCCUUACCCACAAAGAGAAAGGAGAGAUCUAUAUCGUCUUUGGUUGUAAGCACGCCUAGGGUGUCAGCACAAGGUGGAACAACAGGAAGAAGAACUAAAGCGGCAACAAGGAAAGAGUUGCGUAAUGGUUCUUUGGCUGAGAGAAGUGUGAAGAAAGAAGAAUCUUCUGGGGAUGAGCUUCUAGAGGGCAUAAGCUCACCCGACACUAAUAAAAGGCAGUUAAAGAAGUCACGUAAAGAGUCCUUCUCCAAUAAAGAAAACAAGGAUGGGGAUGAACCCUGGGAUUCCAAACUGGAUUGGAAACCUUUAAACUUUCUGGUUGAAGUGGCAAAUAGGACAAAGCCCCCGAAGUCUUCUGUUUCUCAAGGGUCAGGCUCAAAAUCUGAGCAGGCACUUGCAUCUCGCAAUCAAACCAAAACUAAGGAUCAGAAAAGCAAAUGGAAAGGUGAGGAUGAGAAGAGUAACAAUGGUGAUCCCACAACAUCAGAAACAGCUACUCCUAAAAGACUGCGUAGGACUCGACGCAAAAGGUCUGCAACCACUUUUGGUGAUUCAAGAAAUUUGCCACAGCCAGAUGAGUCAGGUGCAAAACAGGAGAGCAGAAAUGGUCCUGUUUGGUUCUCACUUGUGACCUCCAAUGAUAAGGAAGGAGAAACUUCUUUGCCUCAGAUUCCAGCAAAUUUUUUGAGAAUAAAGGAUGGUAAUAUUCCAGUUUCUUUCAUCCAAAAGUACCUCAUGAGGAAGCUAGAUAUCAAGAGUGAAGCUGAGAUAGAGAUAAGUUGUAUGGGAGAGGUGGUGAUCCCGACACUGAAGCUUUACAAUGUCGUGGAUCUAUGGCUGCAGAAAAGUUCAAACCAUGAACGAUUUGCUGCAUCGGUAGGUUCCUCGGCAAAGGAUUUUAUGAUGGUGCUUGUCUAUGCUCGGAAGCUACCGGAGUGCACCAAGUAAAGGACUUUAGAUACUCUUGUAACAAGAGUCUUGUUGUUUCAGUAGAAGAUUCUGUGGAGACAGGGUAAUCUUUUUUCUCUCCAUGGAUUCUCUCAAAGCAUUACGAGAGAGAACGUUACUAGAACUGCAGGAGCGGUCGAAUGAGUUGUCACAUUUGUACUAGUUUUUUUUUUCCUUCUCUUUUUUGAUAAACGAAGUAGACACUCAUGAGAUGCUUUUCUAUCCAAGAAAAUACAAAAUCUGUUUGUUCUUCUACUUUGUGUCCUCUUUAGACUUGCAUGUAAUGUUGUUGUCACUUUCUAAUGUAGUAGUUUAUAUGUUUAGAUUGAUUUAUAUGCAUUUUAUUUGGGUGCUA